AUGCAAUAAGCAAACGAUGAGGAGGCACAGAGAUUGAAGGCCAAAUCAGACUUAUAAUCUGUAACAUAUAUGCAGUGAAAAAGAUAUUUUUAUUAGUGUCAAUUAUAAUGGGCUUUUGUUUUUUAUUUAAUUCGAAUAUAACAUUUGGAUGGGAUUACAAAAUAAUUAUUGUAUAUGCAUGUACAACAUAAUUCGCAUUUAUGAUAUCAAAACUACUUUCUAGUAAAGGGUAUUUUAUAUGCAAAUUAAAUAUAGCAUCAAUUCUUAUUGUUGUUUUGCUGUAUUGGAAAGUGCUAUUUUAAUCACUUAUUUAUUAGGAAUCGUCUAUAAUAAGGAAGUUUCACCAAUAAAUAUUAAUUUCAUUAGCUACGCUCUUCUCAUUUUAUAAUUUGUAAUUUUGGCAAUAACAGUUUUAAUAAGCAGAUAAAACUUUGAUAGUGAUGCUUAGGAUUAAUCAAAAUAAAUCUAAGAAAUAGUAUAUAAUAGAUCUAUAUAAGUUAAUAGCUGCAAUAAAAAGCAUAGGUUCAUUGUAGAUUGUAUUUUUAAGUUUGAAAUGGAGUUAAUAAAUCAAUUGGUGUUGGAUGCAAACUCUUGUAAUUAUUUGGUUUAGUAUUGGUACUAUGGCAUUGAUUGAAGUAUGCUUAAUUAUAGAUUUGUUGUUAAAAUGUUGCAAUGAUUAACUUGAAAAUAAAAAGUCAUUGAGUAAAAAAUAUGAUUAUUAUUAGUUUAUGGAGGUGUAUGGGUGAAUAUUGUACUUUUAGGAUUUAUUAUUGAUACAGGAAUGACAUUUUUAGGAUUAGGUUUAUUAUUAGACUAUAAUAUUGAAUAAGUAAAUUUAUAUGGUUUCAUUACUUCUAUAAUUUAUUAUAUAUUUCAGAUAUUGUUCUAUCUGAAAAAUUAAGAAGAAUUAAUGUAAUAACAUUUAUGAUUAUUAGUUAAUUUUUAAAUUUAUCAGAAAUUUAAUAACCAACUAGACCUUCAGAAUAGCCUAUUGAAUAACUUACAUUGAAAGAGAGAAUUAAAUAAAUUCAUAGAGUUAGCAUAAGUAAAGUCCCUCAAUUUAUGGUGAAAUUAUCGGCCACUUAUUUUAGAAAGUAAGAAAUAAAUGAGAAUCAAAAAAACUAGAAUGAAUUAGGUUCAUCUUAAGAUAAGAAGUUUCGAUCAAUAAGUUUUUCAGAAAUUAAAAAACAAAAAGAAAUUAAGAAAAGUCCAUCUUAGGAUUUAGAUGAAGAUUUAACAAAAAAAUUUGAUUAAUUACUAUCAUCUCCACGUAUAAAAUUGGAAGUUAGUGAAAGUAUGGCUCCAGAAUUAUCAAGUAGAGGAUAAUAGAAAUAAAAUGUAUUAUGUCUAGUUUGUUAUGAAAAAGAAAGCAAUAUGAUUAAUUAGCCUUGUGGUCAUGGAGGAUUUUGUUAAGAAUGCUCAUAAUAGUUAUUAUCAAAGAGUAAUUAUUGUAUGUUAUGUCGAAAACCUGUGACACACACAUUACUAGUAUAAGGAGUUGAAAAUCGUGAAAGUUUAGUUGAAGUUGUAGGAAUUUAUUAAGGAGGAUAGAAAUAAAAAUGA